AUUACAUAUUUGAACAACAACAAAAACAACUGAAAAAUGUUUUAUAAAACCUCCAUUUUCCUGCUGCUAUCAACGGCCUGCUUGUUAACAGCGGCUCAAAUGAGCGUCAAUUUGAGCAAAGCUGAAGUACCUUCUACAACAAUUUUACCUGAGAAGCAUACAACAAAAAGCACCACAAGCACUACAACAACUACCACCACCACAACAACAACUACAGAAGCACCCACAACUACUCCGGCCCCAACAACAACUACAACAACAGCCGCUCCCACAACCACUACAAGUGCACCCGAUACAACAACACCAGCACCAGUUCCGACCACCACAGUUAAACCAGUACCACCCAAACCCUAUCCCGAACCCGAGGUGGCAACAUGGAAUGCAUCAUGCAUUAUGGUUAAAAUGGCAGUACAAUUGAAUUUCACUUAUGAAACCAAAGAUAAUAAAAUGGUUUAUGGCUUAUAUAACAUUCCCAAGGAUGCCGCUGUUGAUCAUGUUGACUGUGAUAAGAAUACCACACAAUCUAUGCAAAUUAAUUGGGGACCCGCCACUGCUCAACACAUUAUGGUAAUGAAUUUCGAACGUGCUAAUGGCUCGACCAACAUGACCAUGAUGAUGUUUACAUUGCCAUUGUUGAAUACCACUUUCCCAGAUGCUAAAGAAAACCAAACUAUUCAGCUAAUUCAUCGUUCCAACGAAUUCAAUGCACCAUUGAAAAUGUCCUAUCACUGCACCCGUCCACAAUAUUUCAAUUUGACUGAAACAAUUGAUUCGCAAGUGAUUGGCGUUGCCAAAGUACGUGAUGUUCAGGUAGAAGCUUUCCGUGCAGCUGGUGCUACUGGUUUCUCGACCGCUCGUGAUUGUGAUAGUUCUGAAACAUCAGAUGUUGCACCAAUUGCUGUUGGCAUUGCCCUGGGUGCAUUGAUUUUGAUUGUAUUGAUCUCAUAUUUGUGUGCUCGUCGUCGUUCUACCUCUCGUGGUUAUAUGAGCUUCUAAGCAGCAGCAG